AUGAAGGCGAGGGCUGGGAAUCUCCUAGAGAACCCUAUGAAGAUAUCAGCUAAAUCUGGUGAUGGGCAAGUGAUCUUAUCUCACAAAGAAGAACCUUAUUUCUUCACGUUUGGAAAAUCUGAGCUUUAUCUGCCUGACUAUUCUGAUCUGCAACGUUUCAUCAACUUAUUAGGAGAAUUUCCAAUGGAUUGUCCUCUCCAAGACAGUCGGUUAAGCGUUCAUUACAAGGGCAUGCUUCUCAAUGAAGAGAAGACUGUCUUCUAUGACAGUAGGAUUGAAAAUAAUGAUCAGCCGUUGGAUUUCAGUUCAGGAGAAGGACUGGUCAGUUACUAUCAUGUUUAUAGAAAACCCCUGGUGGAGUUUUUAAGCGUAUGUUUUUUUUUUUUGCGUGAACAGGUGCCUGAGGGAUUUGAGAUGUGUACUCGUUUGAUGCUACCAGGGGAGAUUUCUCUUGUUACAUGUCCCCCUAUUUAUGCAUAUGAUAAAUUUCCAAGGCCGCCUGGCGUUCCUGAAGGUGCACAUGUUCAGUGGGAGAUUGAACUCCUUGGUUUCGAAACGCCAAGAGACUGGACUGGGUUGGACUUCCAGAGCAUCAUGAAUGAGGCAGAAAAUAUCAGAAGCACGGGUAACAUGCUAUUCAAAGAAGGAAAAUUUGAGCUCACAAAAACAAAGUAUGAAAAGGUGCUCCGGGAAUUUAAUCAUGUAAACCCACAAGAUGAUGAGGAAGGAAAAGUAUUUGGUGAAGCAAGGAAUAUGUUACAUCUGAAUGUUGCGGCUUGCUUGCUUAAAUUGGGAGAGUGGAGGAAGUCUGUAGAGACAUGUAAUAAGGUCCUAGAAGCAAAGCCCGGCAAUGUGAAAGGUCUCUACCGCCGCGGAAUGGCUUACAUGGCAGGUGGAGAGUAUCAAGACGCUAGAAAUGACUUCAAUAUGAUGAUCAAAGUGGAUAAAUCAUCAGAAGCUGAUGCGACAACUGCACUUUUGAAACUCAAGCAGAAAGAACAGGAAGCGGAGAACAAAGCUAGAAAACAGUUCAAAGGAUUAUUCAACAAGAAACCGGGGGAGAUAACCGAAGUUGGUUCAGAAAUAAGAGAGGAGACUAAGACUAUACAAGAAGUGGAUGAGACAAAGGAUAACGAUGAUGGAAGAGAGGAAGAAGAAAGUACGACCACGGUGAGCAGUGGAAAGAAGAGGAAAUGGUCGGAGGAAGCCUGGCUGAUUCUGAAGAAUGUGAUGGUUCAGAUAGGUAUCCAGCUCGGUGUUGCUCUGUUUGGUGUUUUGAUUUUCCAGUUUUUCAGCGCCAAAUUUACAUGA